UAGAUAGACAGGCAGAUAAAGAGAUAUUAGGUGUACAAUUAAUGGUAUGUGGGUGGACAGGGACUAAAGUGUGCAUGUGUUGGUGUGGGAGGGGAGAUAAAGUGUAACUCUUGUCAGCUUGGUGUCAGAGACUGUGACACUUCUCCCAGACAGAAUGGCUUUCUUCAAUCUCUUAGCUUCUAGAGCAUUACUUAGUCACCUUUUCCACCCUGCCCUUCCAGCUGGGCUCCUUUCUCUCUGUUUGCUUGUAAAUGCGAGCAUCAUCACCAAUCACACUCAAACACCCCUCACCAUCCUCAUCACAUCUUCAACAGAGCCUUCACCCGCUCAGCCUGAUGAUUAUCCUUCUGAUCCUCAGGGGGCGCUGUAUUUACAACAGCCUCCAAAGGCAAAAGCUGUGGAAGGGAAGGAUGUGGUGUUACCCUGUUUUUUAAAUAAAAGUGAUGUGGAUGAAGCACAUGCUGUGGAGAGGGUGAGGUGGUACAUGAAGAAUGUGGAGGGACGGAGGACUGUGCUGAAUGGAAAUAAGACAGUGGGGGACGGGUUUGCCGGCCGUGUGUUUCUGUCUGGUGAUCUGUCAAUGGGAGAUCUUUCCCUGACAUUGAGGAACAUUUCGGUGGAUGAUCGAGGCCUGUAUCUCUGUGCGUUCAUUUCAGGACACUCGACUGUUGUUCAGGGAACCGGGACCAAACUCAGCAUCCGUAAAGAGAUGGGUUGGAUGGAAGAGUCUGUUGGCAUUAUAAUUGGCAUUACUGUGGCAGUAGUUGGCGUGGCAGCAGGACUGGUUGCUGUGAUACUGACUCAGUUCAAGAACAAACUUAACUGCCUGCAGAAAUGAUGCAGGAGCGAAUAGCAUAGAGUACAGUGGUUUCAGCAAAGGCCAAAGGUAAAAGAAAACAAACAGUACACUGCCAAGACCUGACCAGAGCGCAGAGAAUGACCGCAGUGAACGGGGAGACCUUUCACUCAGCCCAGAUUGUGAAUGAUGAUAUAUAUACAAUUACAUACACAGACAGAUCAAGUGACCCCCUCAACAUGUACACCCUUAAAAAUAAAGGUUCUGAAGGGAGUUUCUGCACUAGGGCCA